AUGCGAAAUUCCACACCCAAAGCAUAUCAGAUUUUUGCCCGUGCCGCAACGGAGAAUGUCGAUGAAGAGGAUCCUGAGCCACAGGGACGGAUCUUUUCGAUUGUCAGCGCUUCAGAACCAGCGAGAUAUCCAUUGUACGAUUCGAAACCGAUUAUAAUCACACCGCCGUCCCAACCAGCGUAUCCACAUCCGCCAUUUUAUCCAGGGUAUCCACAGCAACCGCCCGUGAUACAUCCUGUACCCUAUCCAGUGCAUCCGCCACAUCCACAAACGAUCAUCAAGCCAAUCGAACAGAUGCAAUUGAAUGAUAUUUCCCAACUGACUCAGUUAAUUUUGGCUCAAAAUCAGGCUCAACAGUUGCAGCAGAUUCAAUCGAUCCAACAAGUGCCACAAAUCCAGCCGAUCCAACAACUUCCACAAAUUCAACAGAUCCAACAACUUCCACAGUUCCAGGUUCAAUCGCAGUCGUUGCCAGUGCCUGUGAUUUAUCGACCAUUCAACAGCAAUCAGGAAGGAACCUUUACACUCGCCGAUCAGCCAGACCUGACAGCUGAUCAAUUGGUUGACAUCAAUGAGGAGGAUCAGCUCACGCUAAAGCCUCAGAGAAGUCCGAUUCUGGUGCGUCGCCAAAAACCCAAGAAGAAGUCUAAGAAGAACAAAAAAGUCAGGGUACAGCAAAUCUAUGUCGCUCUGAAUCCAGCCCAACAACAACAACUUCAAGCUGAAGCUCAACCUCAAGCUCAAGCUAACAAUAUGGAGGCCUCAAUAUAA